GAUGAACUAGCCUAUUUCACUAGCUGGAAAUUGACCAUGGCAAUGCUUGACGAUGAUGAGCUGAAGAGCGGCAUCAUGAUUCCAACACCUAUAAGUACCCCACCAUGAGACGCACCCCAAGCUUGAGAUGCGCACUGAGGAUCGGUAGCUGAGCCAGAAACCCAAAGCCAACAUGAAGCUUCUCGCCCUCCUCGUCACGCUCGGCAUCGGGGCCGUUGCCCACCCCCAACCCAAUGACGCCGCAAGCAUCCUCGAGUCUCGACAGACGUGCUCCGGCCCCAUUGAGAGCAACCCGUCGACCUGGUGGCGCGCCGCCAUCGACCAUAACGGCACGGCGCCCACGAGCUCUGACCCGACGUUCCAGUACUACCGCACGGCGGUUCAGUACGGCGCGGACAACACUGGCGUCAGGGACUCGUCCGACGCCUUCAAUUUCGCCAUCGAAGCAUGGACCCGGACGGGCAACACCGUGACGACCCGCCCGGCCUACGUCUACAUACCGCCGGGCCGGUAUCGCAUCAAAAAGCCGAUCCAGAUGCUCGUGACGACCUUUCUCGUCGGCGACGCACUCAACCCGCCCGUCCUCAUCGCCGACCCCGCGCUCGGCGGCCAGCCCGUCAUCAACGGCUACGACGCGCACCAGGGCGACGGGUCCGCGACCAAGAACUUCCUCAUGGCGGUACGCAACGUCGUCGUCGACACCACUGAGGUCGGCACGGGCGUGCCGGCCGUGGGCAUCGACUGGAGCGUCUCGCAGGGGUGCUCUCUGUCCAAUGUCAAGAUCCGCAUGCCUAAUUUCUCGAGCCAUGUCGGUAUCACGAUGAACCAGGGCGGCUCUGGGAUUCUGAUCAGUGAUAGUCAAUUCGAGGGCGGUGCCAUCGGCAUCCGGGUCAAUGGCCAGCAGUACCAGUUCAAGAACCUCUCCUUCAACGGCUGCAAUGUCGGCAUCUCGAUGGACAGCGUUUACGUUGCCGUCGUGCAGGGCGUCACGUUCGCCAACUGCAACUUCGGCAUUGACAUGGGCCGCAACAAGACGGGCGUCGUCUCGCUCGUGGAUUCGAGCGUCCGCGCCUGUAACGCCGGCGUCAACAACCUGGUGACGGGGUACGGCCAGAACUCGCUCGUCAUCGACAACUUCCAGGUCACCGACGCGACAGCCGUCAAGUCGGCGAGCGAUGGGUCGACCCUGAGGGCCGGCUCGGUCGCGGCGGGCCAGACGUGGGUCAUGGGCUACGUCAACUCGAACAACCUGCAGCGCGGCACGACAUAUCCAAUCGAGCGCCCGGCUGGGUUGUUAUCUGCGGGCAAAUACUUCACCGCCCCGCUACCUCAAUACGAGAAGUAUGCCCUGGAUCAGUUUGUUAGCUUGAAGGGCGACCCGCAGUAUCCUGUCUACGGAGACAACAACCGCGAUGACGGGCCGAACAUCAACGCCAUCCUGCAGAAGUACAAAGGUUGCAAGAUCAUCUUCGUGCCCCAGGGCAUUUACCUCACCAAGGAGACAAUCUACGUUCCUCCCGGCACGAGGCUUAUUGGCGAGACCCUCAGCAUCUUUAACGGUAUCGGAUCGCGAUGGUGGAACCCCGACGACCCUCAGCCCAUUCUCAAGGUCGGCAACCCCGGUGAGACGGGCGUUGCGCAGAUCACCGACAUCACUGUCGAGGUCGGCGACGUUCUCCAGGGCGCAACCCUCGUGCAGGUAAAUAUGGCGGGAUCCAAGCCCGGCGACGUUGGCAUCUGGAGCAGCGUCUUCCGCGUCGGCGGCACCAGGCACUCCAUCACCAACACCAAUUGUGUCGGCGGGAACCCGGCCGCCUGCAAGGCCGCCUUCGCGCUGAUGCACGUCACUUCGACUGCCUCUGCCUACUUGGAGAAUGUCUGGGGCUGGGUGGCUGACCACUCGCUCGACACCUUUGGCGGCGCGCAGAACAUUGCCGUCGGGCGUGGCGCGCUCAUCGAGAGCACCAAGCCCACGUGGCUGGUCGGAACCAGCUUCGAGCACUGCGUCUUGUAUCAAUACAAUCUCCACAACGCGCAGAACGUUUACAUCUCGUUGGAGCAGACAGAGAGCGCGUAUUGGCAGGGACAAGGUACUCCUCUAAGGGCGCCGAGCCCCUGGACGGUAAAACCGGCAUACGGCGACCCUGACUUCAGCAACUGUGCAGCUCAGGGGCAGGGCAACAGUGACCACUGCUUCCGGUCGUGGGGCCACUACAUGACGGGCAGUUCCAAGAUCGUGAUCCACGGGUCGGCUCUGUGGGCGUUCUUCAACGGAAUGAACGACAACCAGUGGCAUAACCCGCAAUGCGAAAACACGGGAGGCAUUUGCAUGACCAAUCAGGCGUUCGCCGACAGCGCCAAGUCCACGUAUUGGUUCGGCUUGAGCACGAAGAGUACGACGAUCCUUCUGUACGACAAGACGGGCGGCGCCGUGUGGGAGGUGUAUGCGAGGGAUAACCCGGGGUCGUGGGGCGGCGUCGUUGCCGCGUAUCUGAGGGACUCGGGCGCUUGAGGUGUAGUGGUCGCGGUUGGCUGUGCGGCGGCGUCCCAAAAGGGCCCGCAGUUGAGGACAGGCGCUCGUCCUGAACUUCAGACAGGGGUCGCAUGUUGCGGCACGACGACACAAACGAAAUGUAGGCGGUGCGAAUGUAGCAAUGUAGCGUAUACCGAUACCAGAACUUGGGGACCGAAGUGUAGUCGGACGAACUGACCGAACGAAACGUCGCACCAACUUGCGUCGAGGCCCCUUUGAUGGUUCCAGCAAGGGCCCCUUUGUCGAUGGUCUUGACUCUUAAGUCCUUUGUCACAAUGCAUGACCGCACUCGGACUCGUUCUCGUCAGUGCUAACCAACUCGGCCGAAGAGUUUCUGGGUCGGCCGCCCCCCGCUUUCAAUUAUUCAAACUUCCCUCGGCUGCUGUCAAUGAGGCAUGGGAUGAUUGUCGGGAUCUGGAUCAAUUACUUGCCAUCGGCAAGAGGCAGCAACCAAGAUCGUUGUACGCAGUCGUUUGAACCGCGUCAGCAUGAAAUCGAAACCGGAUGCAGAAUGCAAUUCGCUCAUGUGUGCUGGGUUGUCUGAAGCUUGUUUGUGUAAAUGGACCGCAAAGCCGGGAUUGUCUUGUCUUGUCUCGUCUUGUCUGAGGCGGUUUUCGGGCUUUUGACCAGCCUCGUGUCUUUCAUCGUGCCUCGGUCUCCG